AUGUUCGCUCAGAAAAUGGAUCAGAUGUUGUUGCAUCCGACGCCACGCGAAGGGUACUACGUGGUGGAGCUGAACCGAAGUGUCUGGAUCGUUCCGAACUACUACAUCAAUCUGACUCCCAUUGGUACUGGGGCUUACGGAACCGUUUGGUGAGCUUGGCCGCCUGCUCUGACUGUCUCAUUCUGUUUUUCAGUGCCGCUGAAUGCACUCGAACCGGCACCCGCGUUGCCAUAAAAAAGUUCAACCGCCCGUUUCAGUCCAUCAUCCAUGCGAGACGGACGUACCGAGAACUUCGACUGCUCCGUUGUAUGCGUCACGAAAACAUAAUCGAUCUGCUGGAUGUGUUCAGUCCGAACGACAGCAUUAACGAGAUCGAAGACGUCUACUUCGUGUCGAUGCUGAUGGGAGCCGACCUCUCCAACAUUCUUAAGAUCCAGAGACUCAACGACGAUCACAUUCAGUUCCUGGUCUACCAGAUUCUCCGUGGACUCAAGUACAUUCACUCGGCCGAUAUCAUUCAUCGUGAUCUGAAACCUUCGAAUAUCGCUGUCAACGAAGAUUGCGAAUUAAAAAUUCUCGACUUUGGAUUGGCGAGACAGACUGAUUCCGAGAUGACGGGAUACGUGGCAACAAGAUGGUACCGCGCUCCGGAGAUCAUGCUCAACUGGAUGCAUUACACGCAGACUGGUCAGAAAAAUUCCAUCUUUCCUGUCAUCAUUUUCCCGUUUUUCAGUUGACAUCUGGUCCGUCGGAUGCAUUCUCGCUGAGCUCAUCACCGGAAAGACUCUUUUCCCUGGAUCCGAUCGUGAGUGUUUUUUUGAAUAAGACAUCUGGAAUCCCGAAUGCUUCAGACAUCGACCAGCUGACCAGGAUCAUGUCGGUCGUCGGUACUCCCGAUGAAGAAUUCCUAAAAAAGAUCUCAUCCGAGGAGGCUCGUAACUACAUCCGAAACCUGCCGAAAAUGCCACGUCGUGACUUCAAACGGCUCUUCGCCCAGGCAACUCCCCAAGCCAUCGACCUGCUCGAGAAAAUGCUCCACUUGGAUCCGGACCGUCGGCCGUCUGCGAAAGAAGCGAUGGAACACGAUUACCUGGCCGCCUACCACGAUGAAUCCGACGAGCCGAUCGCUGAAGAAAUGGAGCUGAACGACGACGUGAAAGCGGACACGAUCGACGAGUGGAAGAAGAUUAUUUGGGAGGAAAUAACCGACUUUCAGGUACACAAACAUCUAGACCAGAAGUGGUUUUUGAUCGCAUCGGGGGGUCGGCGGAUGUCAUGGAAAUGGGCAAAUUCGCGCGUGACGGGUUGACAUACUGUAAAGUUGAAUUGAUAGAAUCUGAUCAAAGUAUUCGCGGGAUGCCUUGACAUGGGAUAUGAUAUCUCAUCUCAGUCCUCAUGGAACCUGAACAAGUCUUACCAAAACGCUCAUCAUUUGUCAUGUCCCGUCAGAUUUUACCCAUUUGAACUUUCUUGUUAUGAAACUGAACUGAUAACAAUUCGCCCUCGAGUGAAUCAGCGCUGCCUUUCCUGUGAGUCAUUCCUGAAUUCAGUCUGGAAUAGAAUUGCGAUUAUGCCUUGAAUUCAUUAGAAAGUCAGAAAAACUAGUCACAUGAAUGCGAGUUACUGUAGUAGACGGACGGCUUAUCAUUCACUUUGGGAACCAAGAUCAACCUUUUUUUCUCUUUACAGAAGACCGUCGCCUUCGCAGACGAGGAGGACGAUGAGAAUGUCGAGAAGAUGGAAUCGUAG